AUGCUUCGACAACAUGUUGGCUGCCACUGGCGGCAGGUGGCUCCGUUGUGGCACUGCAAUUCGGCAUUGAAGGUGCGGCGACUAACGCAGUGUGUGCCGCUCAAGAACGCUCGGGCCGUGACAAUGUCUUCAGGCAGCAGGGCCGACGCCCUGGAAUCGUCUAUCGCACGCAUGCGCAACAUUGGGGUUGUGGCACACAUCGACGCCGGCAAGACGACCACAACAGAACGCAUGCUUUUCUACGCAGGUGCCUUAAAGCGCAUCGGUGAUGUGGAUAGCGGGACGACCACGACGGAUUUUAUGAAGGAGGAGAUGGAGCGCGGCAUCACAAUUCAGUCCGCCGCCGUCUCGUUUUCGUGGCGGAAUCACAGCAUUCACCUCAUUGAUACUCCUGGACAUGUGGACUUUAUUGUGGAGGUUGAGCGUGCAAUGCGGGUGGUGGAUGGUGUCGUUGCCUUAUUUGACGCCUCCGCCGGUGUGCAGGCGCAGAGCUACACAGUUUUGCGUCAAAGUAGAAAAUUUGGCAUCCCUGUGAUUGGCUUCUUGAAUAAAAUGGACAAGUACAACGCCGACUUUAAAAAGUCUGUGGGAUCUAUCCGGGAGAAACUGGAGGUGGAGCCACUUCUGCUACAAAUUCCACUUCAAUCAGAGGACGGCGCCUUUGAGGGCGUGAUAGAUGUCGUUGAGAUGACGACAUGUCGUUUUGGAGGCACCCAUGGCUUGGAUGUGGAGGUUAAGGAUUUACGUUUGCUUGACUCUGAGCCGGUGCACAUUGUGCAGGUUGCUUUGAUUGCCCGUCACGAGCUCAUCUCGACGUUGACUAAGCUCGACGAUCCACUGUCAGACGCCGUUAUCGCCUUAUUGGACCAAACUGACGGGGAUGAGAAGAGGGCAGAGGACCUAAUUCCAAGUGACCUGCUACGUGCAGCGAUACGCCGUCAAACACUGCGUCAAGGUGUUCCGAGGCCUGCUGUGCCGCUCCUUUGUGGUGCAUCCCGACGUGAUCAGGGCGUGCAACCGUUGCUGGAUGCCAUCACGUACUACCUGCCGUCUCCGCGGGAUCGACCUCUCACUGGCUACGCGCGUGACGGAAAAAUAGUGCCUCUCCCACCCGCAACGAGUGCACCGUCCGUCCCUGUGCUGGCGCUAGCGUUUAAGGUGACGCACGCCACAAGUCCCAAAGGAAGACGCCAACCAUUGGUGUUCUUCCGCGUUUACAGCGGCAAAAUAACACCCAAUAUGACGCUUGUGAACAAUAACUGUAAUCGACAUGAGAAUCUUGAAAAAUUGUAUGUGAUACAUGCAAAUCGUCAGCUGGAGGUUCCACACCUUGUUGCGGGAGAGAUUGGUGCGGCUUUCAUGCAAUCUACCAAGACAGGUGCCACACUUUUUCGAGCUCCCCAGCAGUUUCAGCUGGAUGCAGAUCACACCAACAAUGAGAUAUUCACACUGGAGGGCAUUCAACCCCCACCGCCUGUUAUUUCAUUUUCUGUUGAGGCAGCCACAAAGCAGCAAAUUCCCCUCUUGGAGGCUGCUCUUCAGGAGCUGAGUUUUGAAGACCCUAGCUUGUGUGUGCAUAAGAAUGAUUUUGGUCAAAUGGUCUUGAGUGGCAUGGGAGAAUUACAUCUUGAAAUUGUCAUGUCCCGCUUGGAGCACGAUUAUAAACUAAAGUGUCGACUACUACGUGCCAUCGUAGAAUAUCGUGAGGUAGUCCUUGAGACAGUGGAGCUACUGCAUGGGAUUGGGAUGUACAAUGAGCUCCCAUACGUUGAGUGUUCGCUGCGACUCCAGUCACUACUUGAGGAAGAUGGCUUCUGCGAUCCAGGUCAAUGUUGUUCCUUUGUUAUUGACGAGACGUUGACGGAGAAAUAUCUUGCUGGAGCCGCUGGUUCCCGUAAUGAUCGACGUCGCCGCAUGGAGGAUCACCACCGUAAUUUGAAGGAGGAACUACGAAUCAUCACCGAUGUUUUUUCUCGCGCAGUCACCGAUUGUUCUCACAUGGGUCCCCUUGCCGGUUUGCCUCUCCACGGCGUGCGGGUCGCUUUGCUGGAAUUCAAAAAGCUUGGUGGCACGCAGCUGUCGGAGGGCCCUCUACAGCAGGCCGCUCGUUCCCUUGUAUUGGAGCUGUUUCGCUCUGUUUCCAAGGCCAAUCUUGCCACGAUGGAGCCAAUGAUGGAGGUGGAGGUGCACCUCUCGGAGGCAGCCUACAUUGGUGGUGUUGUGAGCUCUCUGAGCGAGCGGAAGGCCAUUGCGGUGGACAUUCAAGAUGAUGGGAGGUCGGUGAAAGCAAUCGUCCCGAUGCGAAACAUAGUUCGCUACACAAUGGAACUUCGGAAGGCGGUGAAGGGGCAUGCCAGUCUGUACGCACGCUUGCACCACUACCGUGUGAUUGAAGAAAAGGCUGUCCUCUCGCGAAUCAUGAAGAAUUUGGGCAUUUACGAAGGUCAUUGA